GGCCGUACUACUGCGGCGGUAAACUAAACUUUUGCCCAGUUCAACAUGGCUGUCUCGAAGAAAGUGGUGCUUGCUGUCGUUGUCGGUGCCUUUGCAGCAUUCAUUGGACAUGCAUAUGUCAGAAUACAGAAGCUGCGCCUGGUUGACAGAGAGCUGCCUGUCAAGCACCUCAACUGUCACUACUUACAGGGCAUUGAUUAUGGAGCAGAGGACAUCACUAUACUGAAAGAUGGACUGGCCUUCCUGAGCACGGGGCUGAAGUUCUACGCUCUGCCGUCGUUCUCUGACGACCCAGGGAAAAUGUACAUUCUGGAUCUGCUGCACCCGAGGCCAACGCCAGUGGAGCUGCAAAUCAGAGGAGACCUGGACCUGAGCUCAUUCAACCCUCAUGGCAUUAGUGCUUACACUGAUCCAGCAGAUGACUCCGUCUACCUGUUUGUCGUCAAUCACCCAGAAGAUAAAAGCCAGGUGGAGAUCUUUAGAUAUGUUGCUGAGGACACGCUUGAGCACCUGAAGACCAUCAUCCACCCUUUACUCCACGAUGUGAACGACGUCCUCGCCAUCGGGGUCGAGAGCUUCUACGCCACCAACACUGGCUACUUUCAGAAUGAAGUUCUUCAACUCUUGAGCAUUGUCCUGAACUGGCCCUGGUGUGAAGUGGUGUUCUACAGUCCGGACGAGGUGCGAGUCGCCGCCAAUGGCAUUCUGGGUGGAAAUGGAAUCAACAUGUCCCCCGACCAGAAGUAUAUAUAUGUUUCAGACAUCUUAGACCACGAGGUUGAUGUUUUUGAGAGACAAGAAGGAGAGCGCUUGGUGUUUAUUAAGUCGGUCGGCGUUGGGACGCUCUGUGAUAAUAUCGACGUGGACCAGAAGACAGGGGACCUGUGGCUCGGCUGUCAUCCAAAUUCAGCAAAGCUGCUGCCGUUUAACCCCGAAGAUCCACCCGGCUCUGAGAUCCUGAAGAUCCAGAACAUCCACUCAGAGCAUCCUGUCGUGACUCAGGAGUACAUUGACGACGGACACAUAAUCAUGGGCUCCACCAUCGCCGCUCCCUAUGAGGGGAAGCUGCUCAUCGGCUCUGCCUUCCACAAAGCCCUGUACUGUGAUCUGAAAUAAUCAGUGUAUGUUUUCAUUGCGUGAUCACAGUCGUUUACAGCGUUGAAUUUCGCGACAUUCAUAAUGCAUAAAUAACAGUGCAGAGGUUCCAUCUUGAUCAACUGGAGGCUCAUUAUUUGCAGCUAAAACUUGAAAAAUCACUGAUCAGACACGGUCAGUGAAAGGCAGGAAAUCACUCCACAACACACUGUUUGAUUUCUAACAGUAUUUGUGAUGUUAUUAUUAUACAAAAUAUAACCAGCUAUC